AUGGAAGACAUUAAGGAAAACCUAAUCCCUAGCUUGCACUUUGCCGAAAACGACGGAGAGGAGCUUGCCGAAGAGAUCGGACUCCCGAGACGGGCCACGAUACCGUCGCUGUUGCAGCGGAACAAGCAGAUAAAUCUGCUGGAGCAGAUGGACCACAUCGAGGAGCAGGAUAAGCUAAACGAACUGCGCCAACGGAAGGGCACGGUUCGCAUCGGCCAAUCGAAAGCUACACAUCGGGAGAAGGAACCGUCCGCAAAUGAACAUCCAUUCGGGGAGAGUCUCAUGGUGCUGGAGUUUGGAGAGAACUCACCCACCGAAGCGAUCCAAUGGAUAGUAGACAAGAUACGCGGCCGGCGUGUGGACGGUGGAAUGGAGUUGAUCGUGCGCAAGGAACCGCUCAGCACGGAAGGUUCGAAGAUCAUUUUCCACAUCUCGGCGACGCACAUGAAGCUGCUCGAGAUCGCCGACGACAUGGGUUUUAUGAAGCGCACCAAAACCGGCAUCAUCCGCAACUUCAACGUGGCCUGUCUAGACGAGUUCAUCUACGAUGAGUCCAUGUCACUGGAGGACAUCCUAACGCCAGCUGACCGGCAGAUAAUCGUGAAGCACGCACUGGAAUCUAUCAAAGCGGACGAGGACGAACACCGGAUACCAGGCACGAAGAUCAUCCUCUACCACGGGCAGUCGAUCGUGCAGGCGGCACAGAGCAGCGAACUCAUCACCAACCUGUACUCGCUGCACGACAAGCGCAAGCUGAAGGAUCUGCGCCACCGGUGGGUAAAACCGAACCGCGUGCAACCGAUCGACGAAAUACGGGACUACUUUGGUGAGAGCGUUGGAAUGUACUUCUCGUUUCUCGGCUUCUACACGUACGCGUUAGUCGUCCCGACCGUACUCGGGUUCCUGCAGCUUGGUCUCUCGGAGGAAACGGAAACGGUGCCGUUCUUUUGCGUGUUCUACGUCGUCUGGAUGAAGGUGUUCCUGGAGCUGUGGAAACGCAAGAGUUCGUCCCACGCGUACCGCUGGGGUACGGUCACGAUGACGAACCUCGACGAGCCGCGGGUCGGUUACUACGGUAAGCUGGCACGCGAUCCCAUCACCGGCAAGUGGACCCCGCAGUACCCGAAGUGGAAGACGUACGUGCAGAUGUACUGCGUGACGGCACCGAUCAUCUUGCUGUGCAUGGCUAUCGCUGGGUUUGUGACGAUCUUUCAGUUCUACGUGGAGGCGUACUUGGCUGAGAUGUUCGGACCGGACGCGUACAUUCUCUAUCUCCCGUCGGUGGUAAACGCCAUCUACAUUGCCGUGUCGACGCUGGCGUACGAUUGGUUGGCGACGUUCCUGACGGAUAAGGAAAACCAUCGCACGCAGAGCCAGUACGAGCGGCACCGCGUUAACAAACUGAUCGUGCUCGAGUUCGUCAACAACUUCCUGUGCCUUUUUUACAUUGCGUUCAUACUGCAGGACAUGAAGAUGCUGAGAACGCAGCUCAUGAUGCAGCUGAUCGUGCUGCAGUUUCUGCAGAACGUGAUCGAGAACUUCUUCCCGUACCUCAAGAAGAAGGUUGGUCUCAAAAUCGUGCGGUUGUUCGUGAAAUCGAAUUACGAGAAGCUAAAGGAAGCACACGAAACGUACGACGAGAUGGGUCUGCACUCGCUCGAUGAGGACGACCCACGUGUUGUGCAGAACCGAAAAGAAGCAAUUCUGGAUGAGUACAACACGUACGAUGACUAUCUUGAGCUGUACAUUCAGUUUGGUUACGUGGUGCUGUUCUCUUCCGUCGCCCCGUUGACGGCAUUCUGGGCCAUCUUGAACAACGUGAUCGAGAUACGGCUUGACGCGUACAAGUUGUGCAGUUUCUUCAAGCGACCGUUCGCCCGUCGCACGAAAAAUAUCGGUGCCUGGCAGCUGGCGUUUGAAACGUUGGCCGUCAUUUCUAUACUGACUAACUGCGGCAUUCUCUAUCUCUCGCCGCACAUGAGGGAACUUGGUGCCGGGUUGAGCCGAGAAUCGUACACGCUCACCUUCCUAGUCAUCGAGCACGUGCUACUCGGGUUGACCUGGUUCAUCUACAAAGCCAUCCCGGACACGCCGCACUGGGUGCGGGUGGCUCUGGCAAAGGCUGAACACGAAUCCCGCCAGGCCCUGAAGCGAGAGAACGCACAACGAUCUCGCAACGUGCUGUUUCGAAGGUUUCGCAGCGUUUACGAUACGCAUUCGAUGCUGACCUGACCGAUUCUUUAUGCGGCUGCCUUACCACUUUACCGAGAAGCCUGGUGCUCCAGGAGUCUGCAGUGAUGUUAUCUGUUAAGUAAACGAAGAAUCCACAUUUGGGUGCAUUACGGAACUAGGUAGAAAGGAAAUAAAAUGU